AUGGCUGCCUCUUUUGCAACUCAUCAUGUGCUUUUCUUAGUAUGGUUCCUUUCCGUUACCUUCAGUUUAAGCUUCUUCUUCUUCAAAGCAGAGUCAAUCUCAAGUGUCUCUUGCAGUAAAAAAGACAAGCAAGCCCUUCUAACGCUCAAACGUGGUCUCACUGAUCAUGGACGCGUCCUGUCAUCCUGGUCUGACCAUAAAGAUUGCUGUAUGUGGGACGGAGUUUUCUGUGACAAUAAAACUGGCCGAGUCACUGAGCUCCACCUCAAUUAUCCAAUGAGGUUAGGCGGUGAGAUUAGUGGUUCGUUGAUCCAAUUAGAACAUUUGAAUUACUUGAAUUUGAGUUACAAUGACUUUAAUUGUACUCCGAUCCCAUCUUUCCUUGGUUCAAUGUACAGUCUCACACAUCUUGAUCUCUCAGGCGCUAACUUCUGUGGAAUCAUUCCUCAUCAGCUUGGUAACCUUUCAAGCCUUCGCUAUCUGUCUCUUGGAAAUAAUUCUGAACUUUAUGUAGAUAACCUUCGUUGGAUGUCUGGUCUCUCUGCCAUUCAAUACCUUGAACUAAGUGAUGCUGACCUUCACAAAGAAGUUGAUUGGCUUCAAAUAAUGAGUAAGUUCCCAUCUCUUUCGGAGCUAUACUUGUUUAAUUGUCAGCUUGAUAGCCUGAAUCCAUCUCUUGGAUUUGUCAAUUUCACGUCUCUUCGAGUCCUUGAUCUUUCUAAAAAUCAUUUCAAUCAUGAGAUACCUAAUUGGUUCUCUAAUCUCAGUACAAGCCUCUUAGAGCUUAAAUUAUACAACAGUUCUUUGAAAGGCAAUAUACCGCCUAGCAUUUUCAAUUUAGAGAAAUUAGAGUAUCUAUCCUUGUGUUUCAAUAAGCUAACUGAACAAAUUCCAGAGCCGUUAGGCCAACUUAAGCAUCUAACAUAUCUUGAUCUUGGAAUUAAUUCUUUAAAUGGUCCUAUACCUUCUUCCUUUGGGAAUUUAUCUCGUAUGAGAAUAUUAUGCCUCAACCAAAAUCAGUUGAAUGGCACCAUUCCAAACAGUCUUUGGCUUCUCUCUGAGUUAGAGACGUUGUAUGUCGGAAAAAAUUCUUUAACAGGGACCGUAGAUGAAGGGCAUUUCCAAAAACUCUCAAAAUUAAAGCAUCUCUAUAUGUCUAAAACACGUUUGUUCCUUAAUGUCAAUUCCAAUUGGGAUCCCCCCUUCCAACUUGACUAUGCCUCCAUGAGCUCAAUCAAGAUAGGUCCUAAAUUUCCUUCAUGGCUACAAUCACAAAGAUCCCUCAGUUUUUUAGAUAUGUCCAUGUCAGGAAUUUCAGGCAAAGCUCCGGGUUGGUUCUGGAAUUGGACUUCAAACAUUACAGUUAUCAAUCUCUCUAACAACAACAUAGAAUCUGAUGUAUCAGAUAUUUUUUUGAGUUCUACUGUCAGAGUGCUCAAUAUAGCUAACAACUCAUUUUAUGGACCCAUUUCCACUUUCUUAUGCCAAAAGAAAAUUAGAAAGAAUAAAUUAGAGGUUUUAGACGCAUCAAACAAUCUCUUAUCAGGAGAACUUUCUCACUGCUGGAAGUAUUGGCAGUCUUUGAUCCAUUUAAACUUAGGGAGCAAUAAUCUAGUAGGUAGAAUUCCCUACUCCAUGGGGGCUUUAGUUAACCUCCAUUCAUUGCGUUUACAAAACAAUAGCAUCUAUGGAGAUAUUCCUUCAUCAUUGAAAAAGUGCUCAAAUCUGAGUCUCAUUGAUAUGGGUGAUAAUCAUUUGUCCAUCAUACCACUAUGGAUUGGAGAAAUGACAAAUCUUAUAGUUCUCCGUCUAAGAUCAAGUGAAUUCAAGGGUUAUAUACCUCAACAAAUAUGCCAACUUUCUUCUCUUAGAGUAUUGGAUCUUGCCAAUAAUAGCCUAUCAGGAUCCAUACCAAACUGCUUGAAAAAUAUUAGCGCCAUGGCAUUACCAGAUUCCAAUGUUAAUUCAUUUUAUUCUAUGCCUUAUACAUGUCUGUAUAUAUAUGUAUCCUAUGUUGAGAAUGUUCAGUUGGUAACCAAAGGGGAAGAAAUGGAAUACAAAGAGAACCUUCAAUUAGUUAGGCUCAUAGACCUUUCAAGUAACAACUUGUCUGGAUCAAUCCCUGCUGAAAUUUCUGAUCUUUCCAAAUUACGUUUUUUGAAUUUGUCUCGAAAUCAUUUGAUGGGAAAGAUACCAAAAAAAAUUGGGAGUAUGAAAGAGUUAGAGUCAGUUGAUCUCUCACGAAAUCAUUUAUCUGGUGAAAUUCCUCCAAGCAUGUCUAAUAUGACAUUUCUUAGUCUCCUAGACUUGUCAUACAACAACCUCUCGGGUAGAAUUCCUUCAAGCACUCAGCUUCAAUCAUUUGAUGCCCAGAGUUACAUUGGAAAUCCUCAGUUAUGUGGUGAUCCUCUUCCAAAAGGCUGCACAAGUGAGGAACAAUCUUUGAAUAGAUCACCAAUUGGCAGUGUUGAAGAUGAUUCUAAAAACUCCAGCUUCUACAUUGGUAUGGGAGUUGGAUUUGCAACUGGCUUUUGGGCAAUUUGUGGAGCUCUCUUCUUUAAUAGGACUUGGAGGCAUGCUUAUUUUAGAUUUGCCGAUGAAAUAAAAGAUUGGAUUUAUGUGAUUGCAAUGAGAAAGAUGAAUUUAUUGGAAAAGCUAAGAGUCCGCCUUAGUAAGUGA